ACGUCACUUCCCAGUUAAACGUGGCCGCCUCGCAAGCUAGGAGUGGCAAGCAAGCGAGUGUCGCGAGCUGUCAAGCGCGGCCUCCGUUCACAGCCUGUGGUAGAGAGACAGUUUGACGAAGAGUUUAAUCUCAGCCGGCACAGCUGGUCGCUUAAAUGACUCGACGGAACGGCCGUUGAGAGAGCGCGUAAUCGAUCGUUCGAGUUGUGUUUUUACCCGGACCCGCCGGUCAGGCGCCGCGAGACAGUCACCUCAGGCUGAGAGAAAAACAUGUCGUCCUCGGGCGAUUUCGGCAACCCGUUGCGGAAGUUCAAGCUCGUCUUUCUCGGCGAGCAAAGCGUCGGGAAGACCUCUCUUAUUACACGGUUUAUGUAUGACAGCUUUGACAACACAUACCAGGCUACGAUAGGUAUAGACUUCUUAAGCAAAACUAUGUAUCUCGAGGAUAGAACCGUGAGAUUACAGCUAUGGGACACAGCGGGGCAAGAACGGUUCCGCUCUCUGAUACCUAGUUACAUCAGAGAUUCGACAGUCGCGGUGGUUGUUUACGAUAUUACUAACGCCAACUCGUUUCACCAAACAUCCAAGUGGAUAGACGAUGUGCGGACUGAAAGAGGAAGUGAUGUGAUAAUUAUGCUAGUGGGCAAUAAAACAGAUUUGAGUGACAAGAGGCAAGUCUCGACGGAGGAGGGCGAGCGGAAAGCGAAGGAACUAAAUGUGAUGUUUAUCGAAACUAGUGCUAAGGCUGGCUACAAUGUUAAACAGCUGUUUAGAAGAGUAGCGGCGGCUUUGCCGGGUAUGGACUCCACCGAAAACAAGCCUCCCGAAGACAUGCAAGAGGUAGUGCUCAAGGACACGCCAAUCGAACUGAAAGCCUCGGAGAGCAGUUGUGCAUGCUAAGUCGUCGUCGGCCUGACGGUAGCAGGGUAUCGAAUCGAAAGAAGCAUUUGAUAAAGCUCGCGAAUGGGGCCCGAACCGUCUCAGAACAGCCUUUGGACCGGUUUGGUGCAUUCAUUUCGAGUGCGAUUAACCGAUUUAUCCGCGGAAAAUUUCCAAGGGGGCUUCUCUCGAUUUUUUCAGUAAGAACUUUAUUCAGUGUAAAUGAUAAUAUAUUAAUAUUAAAUGACGAUGCUAGCAGUAAUAUCAAUUUAUUAUUAUUUACUCGUGGAGAGAAAAGCAGAAUUAUAUUUUCGGAAGAUCGGCACGGAAGGGGCGGUCCUUGGAAAUUUUCGGACGGUACACGCAUAUUUACUUAUAUAUCUCGUAUUAAUAAUAUUAAUAAUAUUAAUUUAUUCAUUCGCGCCUCGCCCCCGGAGCAUAAAGCGAUGUAAUUCUAUUUCCGUUCGAUGCCCUGAUCGGUAGACAAGACACACUGAGCUAAGUUAACUUAUAAGUUAAUGACCUAGGUCGUAUAUAGGAUACCGAUUGCAUUCGGCCUGUGCCCCUCGCGAGGCCUAAGGGACCACGCGGGGGGUCACCGCGCGCACUGAGCAGCAACGAUUUCUUAUUAAAACGAGAAAAAAAAGUACAGCUUCACACAGUAGCUUUUAAGACUGCUUUUACACAAUGACGUGUUUCCGUAUGUUAGCCGACUCGUAGAAAGAGCUGUUAACCCUCUCAGCCCUGAAUCUUGAGGCCUCUUAGACCUUUCAGCCGUAAAUGUGACCUCUUUCGAAAGUACGGGCGUCCUUUUUAGGAGCUCGCGAAAAGCCGGAGAUUGAGAGUCGGCCUGCGAAUUAGAAGCGAAUUAAGGAGUUGUUGUAGAAAGCUUGACAUUCUAUCGUAAAAAUGAUCGCGCCGGGCGAAAUCAUCCGACGAUUGAAAUUAACAGCGUGCAACGACUGCAAUUGUUUAAAAACGAUGACUCGUAAUUUUUAUUAUUUAGAUUUAUCGAGAUAACGAUUGGAACAUUCAUCGUAUCUCUUAAUUCUCGUAUGCUAUAAAUCGCGCUAUAAAUAUAAAACAAAUUACGCUAUGAAUAUUUUGGGCAUUUCUUUUGGGUGAGAAAUUUUCUAGCUUGACCAGGACUUUCCUCCUCUUCGUAUGGUGUGAGUCAGAGCUACGAGGGUUAAGACGGCCUUUAUGAAUGUCUCAGAGUUCACCUAAGUCUAUCUCGCUUGCUAAUAUUGUUUAAUUGAUCUAUAUUAUUUUUUUUUACGCAUACAGGUAAAUAUACGUCGAUAGUUGCUCAAACUCACGUUAUGAUUGAUCGGAUGAUAGAGUCUGCCAGUCUUUUGCGUCUCUCAUUUAUCGCAAUUUUCAAGAACGAAUUAUUAUUAAUUAUCCUAUUUGCAAUACACGAGAGAAAUAUAUAUGAUACGUUGCUGCAUUUGAAUCCACGAUAUUUCGACGCUAUUGAAUUGGUUCGAAGUCUACGAAUAGUAGAAUAUACGCGUUGCGUAAAUGCAGUCACGUCGACAUAAUUAUCUCAAUAAUAAAUUACCUUAGACUCUUUUAAUUGUAAUGAAUUAAGCUCUAAAGGCUGAUAGUGCAGAUUCUUACUCUAUCGGACGUUGUAGAAAAAAAAAAGUAAUAAAAAAGAAAAAAAGAAAGAAGCCCCGACGCGCAAUAUGUUAACUAUCGCUGAACGAAACUUGAAGUACAUACAUAUAUAAAUCGAAGGCGAAAGAGAAUUUGGAAACAAUUUUUCUACGGUAUUUGUGGAUAAUUAGCAGCUAACUAUAUCUUUUUCCUACGAAUACUUUAAGAGUACAAUAAUAUAAACAAUCCUGUACAGUCCUGAACUUAAACGUGUAAUAAUCAAACCAUUGCAUAUUUUCUUUUCGUCGAGACCUUACUCGUGCAUUCAUUUUUUUUUUUU